UGACAAACGCAAGGACCCUAGGAGAAUGGAAAAACCCAAUCCCAGUGGAAUCUCGACUCUUAGUGUUCCGAACACCGGUGUCGUCGGUUACCAGCCCCCAACGCUGAACGAGUUGCAAUCGCAAAAUCGCUUAAAAGCGCAUUUUACUACGAAGGGAGUUUCGCAUUUUGGUGUUCGAAUUGCUACUGCGCUGGACUUCCCCAGGGAAUUGGAUGGCUGAUGAUUGAUGGUGAUGAUGAAGGGGUUUAAUAUUAUAAGGGUUCAGAUGGAAAAAGGAAGCAGGGGUUCUACUUCAAAAGCGAGAAUGGAAGGUUUUCUUUUUCCGGUAAGUAGUGUUUACUGCAAGGUCAUACAAGACAAAAGGUGUAAAAUAGGUGUAUGUGGCUAACUUUGUAGUUACAUGGUAGUAAGAGUUAGAGCCAUCUCUUCCUAGUUAUGAAUUGGAUAAACGUAACAGCUGCCACUUCAACUGCUACAUGUUGUCUGCAGAUUCCGAUCCACUAGUUGGACUUGGCAUGUCACGUGUCCAGGAGAUUCUUGUACGGCGAAGGAGUUGAUUUCGUGUGUUUUGGUUUGACCUCUGCAAAUUUUCCAAAUAUUUGUUAACGCGUACCAAUACUCAAUUAUGUUGAAUCCAUGGUUGACCUGCCUUUUCAUCCUGUUGUUAAUGUUGAUGUUGUUUUUCUACUCUUUACCCUGCUCGGUAGUAGUGUUUCUUUUAAGCGUUCUUUAAGCCCUGUCGCAUUCGAUUCUCUCUCUUUGUGUUUAAAGUGUUGACUAAUUUUUUGGUUGUUGCUUCAUUAAGAAUAGUGUUUUACUGUAGUUUCAGAUGAUAAAACAUUGGUUUUUUUGCUACGCUGUUUUUAUUCAAUUUCGGUUGUGAAAUAAAAGGGUCGAGUAGCCCAAGAAAGAAAAAACAUAGUUCAUAUAUGCAAGGAAAUAAAUAUUUUAUUUGAAAACGAUUUUUAAAAGACGAUUUAUUUAAUCAUUAUUAUAUAAUCCCUUUGAACAACAUCAAACGUAAACGAGUUACUAUAUUAUAUACGUAGAUUAUAACAUUUAACAUUUUAAGAUUAAAUAAAUUAGUCGUAGAUAUUUUUUGUACUUAGAAUAUCCAUACAGAUAUUGUGUAAUAAAAAUGAAUGGCUUUGUAAGAAACAUUAAGUGCAGUGAUCUGGAUGUGUGGAUAGCGGAAGUGGUGCAGCGAAGCGAUAUUUUAUCUGUAUCUUCCUUGCUGGUUUGCCACGUAUGCAAGUUGCUCUUGGCGCCAAGCUAUUGGGCACAUAACAGAAAAGGGGGAAGCUCGAGCUUGCUCUCUUAUGAAUGCAGCAACUAUAAUAAUGGCUCUGAAUGUCGUAAAUCUAGGGUUUCACCAAUCAAUUCUUCCAUCUUUUGUUUCUCCGAAGCCAUUGAAGGAUCGCUUCGUGCUCGGGUGUUCUCGUGUUGAACAGAUAUCGUUUACUGAAUCUGAGAACUCACUCAUCGAAGCGCUUCUUGGCAUCCAGGGACGCGGACGUUCUUCUUCUCCUCAGCAGCUCAAUGCUGUUGACCGUGCUGUUCAAGUCCUCGAACGUUUGGGAGGUGUACCCGAUCCGACAAACUCCAGUUUGAUCGAGGGUCGCUGGCAGCUAAUUUUCACCACAAGACCGGGAACAGCAUCGCCUAUUCAGAGAACCUUCGUAGGGGUUGACUUUUUUAGUGUAUUUCAAGAGGUUUAUCUUCGAACAAAUGAUCCACGCGUAUGCAAUAUUGUGUCAUUUUCUGAUGCUAUCGGUGAGCUCAAAGUGGAGGCGGCAGCUUCAAUUGAAGAUGGAAAAAGAAUCCUUUUUAGGUUUGACAGAGCUGCUUUUUCUUUUAAAUUUCUUCCGUUUAAAGUUCCAUAUCCAGUUCCAUUUAAGCUACUUGGAGAUGAAGCAAAAGGUUGGUUAGACACCACAUAUUUGUCGAAUUCGGGAAACCUUCGUAUCUCGAGAGGAAAUAAGGGAACAACAUUUGUGUUACAGAAGCAAACUGAACCAAGGCAAAAGUUGUUGACAGCCAUUUCCUCAGGGAAGGGUAUUAAAGAGGCAAUAGACGAACUUAUUUCCUUAAAGCAGAACAGUGGACAAGAAGAACCAGAACUAGAAGAGGGUGAGUGGCAGAUGAUGUGGAAUUCACAGACUGUAACAGAUAGUUGGAUAGAGAAUGCAGUCAAUGGGCUGAUGGGUAAGCAGAUUAUCAGGAAGGAUGGAAGAAUAAAGGUCCUGGUUGAUAUCUUGCUUGGGCUUAAGUUUUCCAUGACUGGAAAUUUCGUAAAAACUGGCUCCAGACUGUAUGACGUUACCAUGGAUGAUGCAGCAAUAAUUGGUGGUCCAUUCGGAUAUCCCCUAGAAGUGAAAAACAAGUUUAUAUUGGAGCUUCUAUACAGCGACGAAAAGCUCAGAGUUAGCCGGGGAUACAAUAAUAUUCUUUUCGUACAUGUUCGUACGGAUGCAUUGAGAUGAAGUAACAUGUUAUUGUCUACAAGGAUAAAAGUAUAAGAGGUUUUGUAAGUGAAGCCUAAUCGAUUGUGAAUUAAACUGUUAUUGGCAUCGUAAACUAAAUACAAAUAAGAAGGAUAUACUUCAUGUUCACUAAACGUUUUGUCUCAACUCGGCUUUAAUUCUUUGUAGUGCCGUUAUGGGGAUUUUAUAAUUCUGAUAA